CGCGAUGCACGUGCGCUCCCUGCGCGCCGCGGCGCCCCGCAGCUUCGUGGCGCUCUGGGCGCCGCUGGUCCUGCUGCGCUCCGCGCUGGCCGACUUCAGCCUGGACAACGAGGUGCACUCGAGCUUCAUCCACCGGCGCCUCCGCAGCCAGGAGCGGCGGGAGAUGCAGCGCGAGAUCCUCUCCAUCCUGGGCCUGCCCCACCGCCCGCGCCCCCACCUCCAGGGCAAGCACAACUCGGCGCCCAUGUUCAUGCUGGACCUGUACAAUGCCAUGGCGGUGGAGGAGGCCGGCGGGCCCGACGGCCAGGGCUUCUCCUACCCCUACAAGGCCGUGUUCAGCACCCAGGGCCCCCCCCUGGCCAGCCUGCAAGACAGCCACUUCCUCACCGACGCCGACAUGGUCAUGAGCUUCGUCAACCUCGUGGAGCACGACAAGGAGUUCUUCCACCCACGCUACCACCACCGAGAGUUCCGGUUCGACCUGUCCAAGAUCCCAGAAGGGGAAGCUGUGACCGCAGCCGAGUUCCGAAUCUACAAGGACUACAUCCGGGAGCGCUUCGAUAACGAGACGUUCCGGAUCAGCGUGUACCAGGUGCUGCAGGAGCACUUGGGCAGGGACUCGGACCUCUUCCUGCUUGACAGUCGCACCCUCUGGGCUUCGGAGGAGGGAUGGCUGGUGUUUGACAUCACGGCCACCAGCAAUCACUGGGUAGUCAACCCACGACACAACCUGGGCCUGCAGCUCUCAGUGGAGACACUGGAUGGGCAGAGCAUCAACCCCAAGUUGGCGGGCCUGAUCGGGCGGCACGGGCCACAGAACAAGCAACCCUUCAUGGUGGCGUUCUUCAAGGCCACGGAGGUCCACUUCCGCAGCAUCCGGUCAGCGGGCAGCAAGCAGCGCAGCCAGAACCGCUCCAAGACGCCCAAGAACCAAGAGGCCCUGCGGAUGGCCAACGUGGCAGAAAAUAGCAGCGGCGACCAGCGGCAGGCGUGUCGGAAGCACGAACUGUACGUCAGCUUCCGUGACCUGGGCUGGCAGGACUGGAUCAUCGCGCCCGAGGGCUACGCCGCCUACUACUGCGAGGGCGAGUGCGCCUUCCCUCUGAACUCCUACAUGAACGCCACCAACCACGCCAUCGUGCAGACGCUGGUCCAUUUCAUCAACCCAGAGACGGUGCCCAAGCCCUGCUGCGCGCCCACACAGCUCAACGCCAUCUCUGUCCUCUACUUCGACGACAGCUCCAACGUCAUCCUGAAGAAAUACAGAAACAUGGUAGUCCGGGCUUGCGGCUGCCACUAGCGCCUCCUGGGAGCCAGGCCUUCUGGCCAAGACACUCUGGUUCCUCCACCACCCACUGCCUUGGCUGGGAGCCCGCAGACCUGCUGCCUUUUUCAAGGCCUCUCCCUCCCCCUCCCCGACUGUCAAGGUGCACGAAUUAAGGCAUCUGAGCACAGACGGCUUUGGAUCAGUUUCUUGGCGGCCGCAUCCAACGGACAAGACCUUACAAGCCUACACAGCCCAGCAGGGAAAGAUGCAUGUGAAGGAAGAUGGCCUGGUCUGAGUCAUUGGCUGUGACGUCUCAGCUGUGCACAGACUUGUUUCCACCCCCAAGCCAGGCCCCCUGACACGGGGAGGAAGGGGCGUGGUGAGGGCUGGACACGGGUGUGUCUGUGCUGAAAGAAAUCGAUGCGGAAGUUCCUGUAAUAAAUGUCACAAUAAAACGAAUGAAUGAAA